UAUUGAUCGACCUUACUAUUACUAACCAAUAUUCACGCAGUGACCAAAUAUGAUGAUAUCGAGAGCGGGAUCUCAUGUUUCGACUGCCGUGUAGCGCGAUGUAAGUUUAUCUCCGUUAUAGCGAGGUUGGUUAUUUCAACUCUGAAUGGAUAUAUGACAGGAUUUCAUAAACCACUACCUGCAGUGUAGGUGUACACCUUAUUAGUCAAGGCCACAAUCAGAGGGCAGAACCAGUCUUUGGCCACUAAUCCGACGUGGGCGAUCAGCCGUUGCUAAUCCAGAAUGGAACUUGAGGCAGUGUCGGGUAACCAGUCGCCAGCAUCGGGGGUAGGUCGAGGCAUAGAGGUGGUUGACAUGGAUAGCGACAGUUCUAUGGGUUCGCCCAAACUACAGAAGCAUUUGAAGCGGUUUUCCACAGUCACAGGUGCAUUGGCUGCCUUCCCCUACAGGGUGCCUGGCAGACAAACCCGUCUCGACUGUUCACUUGAAACACUCGUUUCACCAGAACGCAUAACACAGGAAAUGGUUCAGUGCGCACGAGAGGGCGAUGCCUCGACGCUGGAGGCGAUUAUCAACGCCCUGGGGAAGGAUAUCGAGAAGCACGUGAACUCACAGGAUGAGAUAGGCCUGACCCCACUCCACUACGCUGCCCAGUACAACCACCCGGAUGUAGUGGACAUACUGCUGAAGAACAAAGCAGAUGUCAACAUCAGAGGGGAAGAAGAGGGGGCAUGCCCCGCCCACUAUGCCGCAAUGCCCGUCAGGGGCAAGAAGCUCAAAACCGACCGGACGGCCCCACAGAGCAUGGACCAAGUUUGGUCGGGAUCUUCGUGUGUCCCAAAGCUGAAAGAGAAUGGCGCCGACUUCACCUUGCAAGACACAUAUGGCCAGACUCCUCUUCACUACGCCGCUAUUCACGGCAACGUUGUCGCCGCCAGGGACAUCCUCGCCUUUGAAGAUGUGAACAUAACUGAGUCUGAAGAUAAUCAGAACAUGCGAGCCCUGCACGUCGCAGCUCUGUAUGAUGAGCUGGGCGUUGCUAAGCUCCUCCUCAACGCUGGUGCAGAAAUUCGGUGCAUGGAUCACGAGAGUUCGACACCGCUACAUCACGCAUGCUCAUCGGGGAAUCUGCCUCUCGUCAAUAUGCUUUUUGAUAUCGCAGCAAGAGAUCCUAAUAAUAAUGUUACAGAGCUGCUAGUACAUGACCAGGAUGUUGAAGGAAGCACCUGUCUCCACCUAGCGGUAGAAAAUGGCCACAGUGAGAUCACCCAUCUUUGUGUUAAAAAAGGGGCAAAUGUCAACCAGAGCCGCAGUGACGGUUUGUUCCCGCUCCACCUGGCGGUAGUGUCCGGAAAAAUUGACAUCAUACGGCACCUGGUGGACAAAGGGGCGAUAAUCGACGCCUCCAAUGACAUGCAAACAACCCCUCUACACAAAGCAGCCCAAUUCAACCGUGUAAGGGCUGCGAAGCUGCUUCUCAGAAGGGGUGCCAACAUCGAGUGCCUUGACAAGGACAAUGAUACUCCGCUGCUGAUCGCCGCCAUGUACGGCCACGUCGAGACGGUGGUGAUGCUGGUGAAGAAGGGAGCUGACAUCGAUGCCACUAAUCUGAAGGAGAAGACGGCUGUCUAUGUUGCUGCUGAAGAGGGCAACCUGUCAGUGCUCCAGAGCUUGUUGUCAGUUCCUGAAAUGCAAUGUCUCAUCAACUGGGGCGACCGUGACGGCAAUACUCCACUACAUAUUGCUGCUCAGAAGAAAAACCUGCACAUUGUCAAGAUUCUCCUCAAGAACAAGGCGUCAAUAUAUUCCAAGAACGAAUUAGAGGAAUCUCCACUACACAUGGCGGCCAAAUAUGGGAACGUCAACACCAUACGGGAAAUUGUGAGGAACGGUCAAAAUUCUGUCUUUGCCGAGGACGAGAAGAGUAACACACCCUUGCAUCUGGCUGCGCUGUAUGGACAUGCGAUGAGCGCGGCUGCACUCAUUGAACUUGGCGCUGAUGUUUCACAAAAGAACUGUGUUCUGUGGACGCCACUGGACAUGGCGGCAGCACAAGGCUGGAACAACACCUGCAAGGUUCUCCUGGAUGCCGACGCCCCUGUAGAUCCCACCGACAAGAGGAAUACUACUCCCUUGCACCUGGCCUGCUCAAGUGGCCAUCGAGAAGUCGUGCAGUUGUUGCUGAGGUGGAACGCCAGCGUCACCAAGCGCGACAUCAACAACAUGAACUGCCUUGACCUUGCUAUUGAGAACAAUAAAAGUGACAUUGCUCGUCAGAUCAUCCAAUCACACAAAUGGAUGGAUGCAUUACGUCAUGCUCAUAUCACGAACAAGAGAGGUAAUGUCACUAUAGAUACACCUCUACGUCGGCUCAUCAGGAAGAUGCCAGAUGUGGCGAAGGAGGUGUUUGACCGAUGCAUCACAGCAGGGGAAGAACAGGUUCCUUCUGAUACAGACUUUGAGCAGCGUUACAACUUUGAAUUCAUCGACGACCUCUAUGCUGAGUGGGCCCAGCCUCCGUCUAAUGACGGCGGCACAUCGAAAACAGAGCAAAAGAUUUCUUACAGGCGGUUUGGGAAACUAACGCCCUACUCUCACAGGUCCAAGACGAUAAAGGAAAACCACCCCCUGUAUAUAAUGGUAUCUGCCCACCAAGAGCACCUGCUUGCCCAUCCACUGGUGACGUCAUUGAUUUCACACAAGUGGUGGGCGUUCGGGGCGUGGUUCCAUCUAUAUUCCUUCUUCCUCCAUCUGAUGUUCAUCAUAUUCCUGACAAUGUUCACCCUCAACACGACGCCACCGCACCUUUACACACCUGCCAUUGCGGACACCAUCAAAGGGGGUUCGUGUGAUGCAAUCAGCAGCGACUAUCAUCAACCCGAGAGCACCAAGAACCAGAAAUAUGUUGUCAUAUUCCUCGUCGUGGUGUGCAUCCUCAAUGAGUUGUUCCAGAUAUACCAGAGCAAACUGUCAUACUUCUCCGUCAACAACGUAACUGAGUGGGUAGCAUACAUCUUCACCAUCCUCGUCCUCGUCGACUUCAACAACUGCCAGACCAUCACUGGCUACAGAUUAGACUGGCAGUGGUCCCUGGCUGCUCUGGCCGUGUUUCUCAGCUGGACGGACCUGAUGUUCUUCGUCCAGGGGUUCAGCUCUCUGGGGAUCUACGUUGUCAUGUUCCGAGACAUCCUCGUCACGUUCCUCAAGGCAAUUACAGUUUUCUUCGUGCUCAUCCUGGCCUUCGCCAUUGCCUUUGUUGUCCUGCUGAAGAACCAGAUCCCAUUUCGUGACGUGGGGAGUUCGCUGAUGAAGACGUUUGUGAUGAUCAUCGGUGAAUACGACUUCAACGAUAUCUUCAACGCCGGCGUUCAGUCUACGGCUUCAGAGGAUGAACUGUACUAUCCUGCAGCUACCUCUAUACUGUUCGUCUGCUUCGUAGUGCUGUCAUCCAUUGUGCUGAUGAAUCUACUGGUUGGUUUGGCCGUGGAUGACAUCAAAGGUAUUCUCCGCCAAGCAGCGCUGAAACGAAUGGCAAUGCAGGUGGAGCUGACGCUGGAUGUAGAGAAGAUCCUCCCCGACGUCAUCAGACAAAAAUUCUUCAUUUCGACGAAGAUCAUCAAGCCCAACCUGGAGUCGAAAAACCCGCUGCGUCACGUGAUCGUCGCCUUCACUGACUGGUGGACAACGGACGCGGGCGAAGAUGAGGAUGUUGUUCUGAAGGAUAUACCGGAAAUUAAAAACACCCAGAUUAAGAUACAGAAAGAGGUCAAGGCCAUCCGAAAGGUCGUGAACGUUGUACACGACAUGCACCUGCAGAACAAACGCAUUGAGAGCAUGCUGAGGGCGAUAUUGAAGAACUCGGACACUAUAUCGUGGGUGGAGGAGGACUACUCGAGUGAUGAGGACAGGAGCCUGACACAAUCCAUGGGGAAGCUCUGAAACAUGGAUGGUUUGGCUUCAGUCUCAGACUUUCAGACCGCCGCCAUAUAGCUGGAAUAGUGCGGCGUAAAACAACAACCAAUCAACAAAAGGAAUAUUUUGUCCGAGACAUUAAAACAGACUCCCAAUGUGUUGUAAAACGUAUCAAGCAGUCUUAAUUCAUAAUUUUCUAACUCACUCAGACACAGUUGUAACAUAGCAAUUAUUCUGCAAGUUCAUGUUUAGUUUUAGGAGACUUGUUUCUGAUGAAGCUGAGAAACCAUCCUGCACAGAUACACGGGUUGAGAGGGGUCUGCAAUAUUUGAGCUUUUCGUGGAGGGGUUGUUUUUUGAAACGGGUUUUGCAUCCCGAUCAACGUUUAUUUUCUCAACUUACACCGAUCUCAUGUUCUGAAUACCACGUGACCUCGUAUCCGGAGUUGAUAUGUAUGGUGUUGAGCUGAAAGGUCUUAUUAAACAUAUGUAUGAAAUCAAUAACGUUCGAGUUGAUGGAGGUUCUAUGUACAGAGUAUAAUGUAUUGUCCAACAGCAAUGAGGCUGGAACAACCUAUUCAAAGGUGAACUCUAUGGAUCAUGUAAGUGUUUUGACAUCAACUGAUCGAAAUAUAGACAAAUGUACAAAGCUCAUCCUCCAAUCAUAUUUGUUAUUCAACUUUUUGAAAACAUUCUCCGAAGUCCUACGAGUGUUGUGCCUUAUCUAGAGUUUAGCUAUUUCCAAAUUUACUUCCAUAGAAAAGUCAAAGGGACCGCAGAGUUAUGUCCCUUUCGCCUGCAAGGAUCCUAUAAACGGGGUUUGAAUCUUAGAAUCAACCUGAUCAUAUGACCUCUGUGCCAUGAAUUCCAGUCAUUAGGGAAUUGCAUCACUAACUUACCUUAUUUGUAACCACAGACAUUCUUUUCAAAUGAAUUUAAUUCAUUUUGUUAAAUGAAUAAUGUUUCUUACUUAAUAAAUCUUCAAACAUACAAUGAGAUUAAGACAAUUUAUAUUUUGAAUAUUUGUUGUGUUUUCAAUAUUUGUUCUACUUGAUAUACUUUGUUUGAAAUAAAACAAAACUACCCAAAUAAA